AUGACGGGGCAACUGCCGAGAGAGCGUACCGCUUCCGGCGUUCCAAAACAGCCCAGGAAUUUAAGCUACUCACGUAGCGUGAUUCUGCCACACCAAACUCCAACCGUAUCGCCGAACCUGGAUACUUCCGACCUCCCAUCGCCUACCUGCCGUUUACCAAGAGCGGCUCACGAUGUCCCGCUAUGCGCCCCUCACUAUUCCCACCAGGGUGGCUUUGGCUGCUAGUCGUCAGGCCAUAGGACGAAGCGCCAUCUCUCUCUCACAAGCAAGAUUGAUUCGGCCGCAUAACUGCCGCGCCCUAUCAUCGGGCACAGGACAGAAAGAGAAAAGCCAAAGGAAGUGGGCGGCAGUUGUGGUCCUCUCUGCAACUGCGCUGGGUGCUGUGUUGAUUUAUCGUCAGAACCCAGCUAGGAUGGACUCGUCGUCGUACAAAGCUACCGCGACAAGACAAGCUGAACUCGCGGGAAAGUCGGUGUUUGCCUCACCCCUGCUCGAAGGACAAGAUGCAAAGUUGGAUGCGCGGAUGCAGUUCUACGAGGCUCUCGCUUUAGAUUCGACCGAGGCCGAUACCCUCCCCAGGGAACAGGCUGUGCUUACACAAGCGCCCUACGUCCCCCCUGCCAUUACUCGGGACUACCCGGUCCUCCUACAGGUCCCAUUAACCACUUCAACCAAGCUGGCUCAACUUACAAGCCAGUACAAAUACGAGCAAUGGACCUUCAACGACACGGUCCCCGGGCCGUUCAUCCGCGCGCGAGUUGGUGACGUGGUGGACUUGGAGUUCACAAACCGAGACGUGACGGGCAACCCGCACAACAUCGACAGUCACGCCUUUACCGGCCCCGGAGGCGGCGCAGCGUUGACUACCACCGAAGAGAACGAAACCAAAUCCGCGAGGUUCAAACUGCUCACCCCGGGCCUAUACCUAUACCACUGUGCCGCCGCACCCGUGCCCGUGCACAUCGCCAACGGCAUGUACGGGCUCAUCUACGUGCAGCCGGCGGAAGGGGACCUCCCGCCCGUGGACCGCGAGUACUACGUCAUGCAGAGCGAGUUCUACCACGAGCCCCCCGAGAUCCUCGACGACGGCCGUCCGUCCAAGGUGGUCGAGUUUUCGUAUCCGAACGGCCUGGCCGAGGAGCCGAACAUCGUCGUCUUCAACGGCAGUGAGUCGGCCCUGACGAGGGACAAGCCCCUGAAGGCGCAUACCGGCGAGACCGUCCGGGUCUUCUUUGGAAAUGCGGGCCCGAACUUGACGAGCUCUUUCCAUGUUAUUGGUAGCAACUUUCAUAGUGUGUACAGGGAUGGUGAUGUUUUGAGCCCGCCCGGCCGUUUUGUGUCAACGGUUACCGUGCCUCCGGGCGGGGCAACGGUGGUCGAUAUGAAGAUGGUAGUGCCUGGAACCUACACUCUGGUAGACCACGCGAUCUUUCGACUGGAUAAGGGGGCAGUGGGGUUCUUGAAUGUUUCUGGGAAGCCGAGGGAAGAUGUCUACGGGAGUUCGCAGCCACCUGCCCCGUGUGUUGGAUGCAAACUGCAUGCUUAG